GCCCCCUCCUCUCUUUCAACUCUCUUAAACUUUAUACGGUACUCAACUUUUCUCAUCAUAUAAUCUGGUCUCACAACAGUUUCUGAACAAUAAAGGAAAGAAUCAUCAUACCAAAACAGAGACGCGCAGCCACUUACAUAGAAAACACUCUCACACUCACCAUGGCCCUCUCAUCCCGAGCCUCCAAGCUCACAACCCCAGACCCUUCCGGCCCCAUCCUCUCAGACAACUGGCACCCAACCCUCAACCCAUCCGGCUACGUCAACCUCGGCGUCGCAGAAAACUACCUCAUGCACGCCUCCCUCCAACAACACCUCCACGCAAACCUCAAAGUCCCCACCUCCGCCUUUACCUACGGCGACUUCUUCAAGCGCAGCCGCACCGCCAUCGCGAGCUUCCUCACCAAACAUCUCAACACCGUGGUUCCUAUAAAGCCGGAGCAUGUUGCUGUUGCGAGUGGUUGUACUUCGGCGGUUGAGCACAUGGCGUGGGCGUUUGCAGAUCCCGGGGACGUGAUUCUUCUUGGGAGGCCUUAUUAUGGUGCUUUUCCGGGGGAUGCGACGUUGCGUACGGGAACGAAGCUCGGGUUCGUUGAUUUCGGGGAAGAUGAUCCCCUGGGAGCCAAUUGCGUCGAGAAAUACGAGGAAAGACUUCUCGAAGCACGAGCAAAUGGCGAAAAAGUCUCUGCUGUCCUCUUGUGUCAUCCGCAUAACCCCCUUGGAAGAUGCUACUCCCGAGACGUCCUCAUUGAUCUUCUCAAAUUCUGCAACAAGUACAAGCUUCACCUCAUCAGCGACGAAAUCUACGCUCUAUCGAUAUUUGAAAACAAAAUCGACACGAAUCCCCCUCCAGCACCCUUCUACUCUGUUCUCUCCAUCGAUCCUACGGGGUUGAUAGAUCCGGCGUAUGUGCAUUGUCUCUGGGGCAUGUCCAAAGAUUUCGGCGCCAAUGGAUUGCGAUUGGGAGCCAUCAUCUCUCAGCAUAAUGUGGAUUUGAUGACGGCACUAGCUCCCGCCGUGCUUUUAUCCUCCGUCUCAUCCCUAUCAGAACAUGUCUUUGCGAAUGCCUUAGAAGACGACGUCUGGGUCGAAAACUACAUCAAAGAAAACCAGCAAAAACUCGGCUCCUACUACGAAUACAUUGUAAAAUGGGCCAAAGCCAACGACAUCGUCUACGCUACCGGCGUCAAUGCAGGCUUCUUCAUCUGGGCCGACCUCGGCAGGACAUAUCUCAAACAUCAAGAUUCCAAGCCCGAAGAUCUCGACCAAGCCGUCAUGGAUGCCCUACUAAGACACAAAGUCUUCCUCGCUUCAGGCGUGCGUUUCGGAUCAGAGAAGCCGGGCUGGUUCCGGAUCGUGUUUUCGCAUGACAUGGACUAUUUGAACGAGGGCCUUGGCAGGAUUGUCGCUGCGUUGACGACGCCUGAGCCUUUGAAGAACAUGUCGAACUUGUCUCUACAGGUAGAUUUGGACGUUGCUUUUUGAUUUAGAAAAUUUGGAGCACAGAGGGUACUUACUUUUUUACUAGGUAUAGAUCUAUUAGACUGGGUGGUAUAUACAAAAGAAGAAGAAAUGAAAACUCCGGCAUUGCUGUGACAUAUAAUAUGGUGGCACUGAAUCAGCCGGACCAUGCUCAUACCUGAACGAACGCGAGGAAGUCCAACGAACAAUUAUGUAUAUACAUAGAUAAUAAUUGUGUUAGCAGUCCCGUCGACAACAAACCAAUCACACCCAGACACUCAAGCCAAAAUAGCAAUAAUCAUGUACUGUAAAAUUCUAUGUAUUCAGACUCCAUACGCUCAUGUCAACCAUAGUUACACAACCCCCCUUGUCAUUCUCCCACCACCACCCUCAUUUCUCAAUAAUAUUCGCCUUCCCCCCAAUAACCAUUUUUUUCUGGCCCUUGAAACUUUUUUGCUCUGCCCCUUUAUAUCAGUUUUUUUCUUUUCCAGCGGCGUCGCU